CUCUCUCACAUCGACGACAGACCCCGUCGGCUUGUAAUGGCCACCCCAACCGACCCAACAACCCCCCGCCACCCAAAGCCCAUCGCCAACCUCUUCUCCCUCUUCGCCGCCCCCAAAACGACGCCGUCCGACUCCUCCCCCAUCGCCGUAAAGCGCCUCGCCUACUUCUUCCCCAUCUCCCCCAAACCAAUCCUCCUCUCUCCCCUCCCUCCUCCUCCUCAGCCCGCCGCCGUCAACACCCCCGCGCCGGCGCCGGCGUCGGAGUCCAAAUCGUCGACUUUCCCCGGGAAGAUUAAGGUCGCCGGUCUGAGUUCGAUGAUCAAGGGCAGUGGGCCCGCCUUUGUGGGCCAGGUCUUCAGUAUGUGCGACCUCUCCGGCACUGGGCUCAUGGCCGUCACCAACCAGUUCGAUAUUCCCUUCAUUUCUCAAAGGACUCCUGAGUGGCUCAAGAAGAUGUUUGCUUCGGCUACUAAUGGCGAGAGGGAUGACGGCCCGGUGUUUCGGUUCUUUAUGGAUUUGGGGGAUGCAGUUACGUAUGUGAAGCGGCUGAAUAUUCCGAGUGGGGUGGUGGGUGCUUGUCGUCUCGAUUUGGCUUUUGAGCAUUUUAAGCAAAAGCCCCACCUAUUUCAGUUUGUUCCAAAUGAGAAACAGGUCAGGGCAGCUAACAAGCUUCUAAAAGGAAAUGCACAGAAUGGCAAGUGCAUAAGGGUUGACGGUGUCCCAGUUUUUAGUGCUCAAAAUUUGGAUAUUGCAAUAGCAAGUCCAGAUGGGAUCAAAUGGUAUACCCCCUACUUUUUUGAUAAAAACAUGCUUGAUAACAUUCUUGAGGAAUCCGUAGAUCAACAUUUCCAUACUUUAAUUCAAACUCGGCACAUGCAGCGACGAAGGGAUGUGGUUGAUGACAACUUGGCUGCAGAAGUGAUUGAAGAGAUGGGAGAUAAUUUAUGGGAACCUCCUGAGGUUCAAGAAGUGAUGGAUGAAAUAGGGAAUCCUGGAAUACCAUUGAGCGUCAUAUCAAAAGCAGCUGAAAUGCAGCUUCACUAUACAGUCGACAAAGUUAUUCUGGGUAAUAGGUGGCUAAGGAAGGCAACUGGCAUUCAACCAAAAUUUCCUUAUAUGGUCGACACUUUCGAGAGAAGGAGUGUGGCCUCUUUCCUUCGAGCUUCCGAGUCGACCAUGUGCCUUUCCGAUUCUGAAGCUGUUGAUGAUCACAAGGAUUCUCUACAAACUAGCACAUCUGAGAUACAAGCAAAGGAUGAUGUGCAGACCAACACGAGAAGCAAAUCCAGCCACUGGUUUCCUUUUGGAGAUUGGUUUAGUCAUAUGUGGUUGAAACAAAAGGAUAAAGAUGGAAUCUUAUCCACACAAUACAUAGAUGAGACCUCACAACUAAAUGUGCACCUUCCUAAGAUUACAAUGGUUGGCAUUUCAUCAACUGGUGAGGCAGGGACCAUGAGUAGAGAAAGUGUAAGGAAAACAAUGGAUGACUUAACCAAAGAACUGGAGCAGACGGAUCCAGAAAAGGCCAGUGGUAUUGAGGCCACUAAUGAGUUUAGAUUUGAAGAUAUAGAUCCACUUUUUGUAGCAAAUGUGGGUGAUUACUAUUCUGGCAAGGCAAAGGGUGGAGCACGAUUUAGGGUACGUGAAUGAAACAGUUAAGAGUUCCACUUACUCACAAGCAGGUGACAUUUUUGCUCCUUUGGAUAUAGUAGUGAAUAGAUAUGCGACCCCCUGCCAAAUAUGAAGAAAAUGCAUUGUGAAUACCAUGUAUUCUUUCAUGCUUUUGGAUGUAGUCAUGUAGAAUGUGUCUCACCAUAAGAAGUCUGCGAAUUGGUGUAAAAUGGUAUAUCAUAUUCAAUAUGAAGCUGUCAGAGAUUGUGAUGUGGUA